CGCCGGCAAGGCGGCGGCCCUGGCGGCUGCGCCGGGCGCCCCUCGCGCAUCGCUCCAUGCCGGUGUGGUGCUGCCGCUGCUCCCUGGCCGGUCAUCUCAGAAACUAUAGCGACAGUGAAACAGAAGGAGAGAUUUUCAGUUCCCUAGUACAAUAUUUUGGAGAUAAUUUGGGGCAGAAAGUUAAAGCGAUGCCAUUAGUUGAAGAAACAUUGCUCGGAGACUCAUCAGUGACUUUGCCUGUGGUAAUAAUAGGAAAUGGACCUUCAGGAAUAUGCCUUUCUUAUAUGUUAUCAGGCUACAGACCAUAUUUAUCAUCAGAAGCAAUGCACCCCAAUACAAUAUUACAUAGUAAGCUAGAAGAAGCAAGACAUCUUUCCAUUGUUGAUCAGGACUUAGAAUACUUGUCUGAAGGCCUUGAGGGCCGAUCAUCCAAUCCAGUUGCAGUACUUUUUGAUACACUUCUUCAUCCAGAUGCUGACUUUGGGUAUGAUUACCCAUCUAUUUUGCAUUGGAAAUUAGAACAGCAUCAUUAUAUCCCUCACUUAGUUCUUGGUAAAGGUCCACCUGGUGGAGCUUGGCACAAUAUGGAAGGCUCCAUGUUGACAAUCAGCUUCGGAAAUUGGAUGGAGCUGCCUGGACUUAAAUUUAAGGAUUGGGUGUCCAGCAAACGAAGGAACCUAAAAGGAGAUCGAGUUAUGCCUGAGGAAAUAGCUCGUUACUAUAAACAUUAUGUAAAGGUCAUGGGCCUUCAGAAGAAUUUCCGAGAGAAUACUUACAUAACCUCCGUAUCAAGACUCUACAGAGAUCAAGAUGAUAGUGAUGGUCAAGAUGGAGAUGUUUCAACAAAGCAUUUACAGAUAGAAAAGUCAAAAUUCAUCAAAAGAAACUGGGAGAUCAGGGGUUAUCAGCGGAUAGCAGACGGUUCUCAUGUCCCCUUCUGCCUCUUUGCUGAGAACGUGGCUCUCGCAACUGGGACGCUAGACUCGCCUGCCCACCUGGAAAUUGAAGGGGAAGAUUUUCCUUUUGUGUUUCAUUCAAUGCCUGAAUUUGGAGCCGCCAUAAACAAAGGAAAGUUGCGUGGCAAAGUGGAUCCAGUGUUAAUUGUAGGUUCUGGGCUUACUGCGGCUGAUGCAGUGCUGUGUGCUUACAACAAUAAUAUCCCUGUGAUUCAUGUAUUCCGUAGACGAGUAACUGAUCCAAGCUUAAUUUUCAAACAGCUCCCCCAAAAACUCUAUCCUGAAUACCAUAAAGUCUAUCAUUUGAUGUGUACUCAGUCAUAUUCUGUAGACUCCAAUCUUUUAUCUGAUUAUACCAGUUUUCCUGAGCACCAUGUGCUUUCCUUUAAGUCGGACAUGAAAUGCAUUCUUCAGAGCAUCUCUGGAUUGAAGAAAAUAUUUAAGCUGUCUGCAGCAGUAGUGUUGAUAGGUUCUCAUCCUAAUCUAUCCUUUCUAAAGGAGCAAGGAUGCUACCUAGGCCAUAACUCAAGCCAGCCAAUCACCUGUAAGGGGAAUCCUGUGGAAAUAGACGCAUAUACCUAUGAGUGUGUUAAAGAAGCCAACCUUUUUGCACUGGGCCCCUUAGUUGGAGACAAUUUUGUUCGAUUUCUAAAGGGAGGGGCACUUGGUGUUACACGCUGUUUAGCUACAAGACAGAAGAAAAAGCAGCAUUUAUUUGUUGAACAAGGAGGAGGAGAUGGGAUCUCUUAAAGCAAGUUUAUAAGUAAAUGGACAGUUUACCAUUAAAGAAUUUUAAUAAUGGUUUUGCAGUGUACUGGCUUGAAUUGUCUGGACUUGAAUUAACUAAAGCCUCAAGCUAUACAGUAAAUUCAUUUUUCAAAGUUACCAUAACUUGGUGUUCUGAUUUAUAUAUUAAUGCAUCAAAGAUGUUACUGUUAGGCAAACAAACACUGCCAACUUGGUGUACUUUAAGCUUUCGCUUAAAUAUUACUUUCUCUCAAGGUAUGCUUUCUUAAUGGUCAUUUUGGGGACAGGAAUUGUUUCUUGUUUGAUUCAGAAAUACUACCACAGUAAAUCUAUCAAACCAUGCAGUCAUUAAAUGAGAAAUUGUCCUCACUGUAUAUUGGAACACUUUGCUGUUCAAAAGGUGAUCCAGGGCCAGCAGCAUCCACUUCAUAAGUUACUUGUUAGCCAUGGAGAUGCUCAGGCCCCACAACAUUCUUCCUGAAUCAGAAGCUGCAUUUUUAGUGAGAUCCCCAAGGGUUAUAUAUGCAUGUUCAUUUAAGUUGGAGACACUCUGGCUUAAGUGGAAAUCAGAUAAUGUAUAUAUGAUAGGGAUGGCGAAAGGGCAGGAGGUGGUUACAACUCAGGUUCUAUUUAUUUUGAAAUUAUCAAUUAUAUUUAUUAAAAAUUAUAAUAGCCUUCUAAAAAUAUUUUUAUUGUUGGAACUUUGACACAUACUUCAUACUCUUACAGUAAGUUGAACAUUCCAGCAGUGUGGGUAUAUGCCUUGACAUCUAAGAAAUCAGUAUAUUUUUUCAGAGGCUUUUUUUCUCUGAUCACCAUUAACACCACAUCAAUCUGGUUUUGCAAUUCAAUAAAUUGUGAAUGGAACUAUUUA